CUAGCUGGCUACUACGCUUCGGACACCCUCCAUCUUGUAGAUACCGCAGCUAAUCAAGGUUUGUCUGAAAGGAAACUUACCUAACAGGGCUUGGGGGGAUUCGUCGCAAAUACACGUACAUGAAACAUGAGCGCACUGAAUGUAAAAAAGCUCAAAGUCAACGAGCUGAAGGAAGAGCUCCAGCGUCGCGGCCUGGACACUCGUGGGUUGAAGGCGGAUCUGGUGGACAGGCUGCAGGCGGCACUUGAGGCCGAGGCCGUCGGAGAUGGUCAGCAAGACUGCGAUGCGGGCGGGGAGACCGGCGAAGGAGAAUAUCGAGACGAAGAGCUUGCCAGGGAAGAGCUGGAUAACAGUGGAAAGGACAUGCCCCAGUAUGAGGAUCCAUACCUGGAAGAGGACGAUGACGUCCAGGGCAACGCCCAUGCCGAGGAUGACAACAGCAACGAGAACGGCACCGAGGUCCCCAUCCCUGGCUUCGGAACAACUGACUUCACCUCUGAUGACGUGGGGCCCCAGGACCAGGGCUAUGGGCAGCAGAUCCAGCAGGCUUGCAGCGAACCGCAGCAGCAGUAUGGGGGGUCGGAAGGAGAGCAGAGCUAUGAGGAGCCCAUGGUGCCACAGGGCUUCGAGGGUCCGGAGCUGAGCCAGGAGUGCAAGGAUUCAGCCAUAGUGCAGAAGCAAUACGAGGAACCACAACAGAAGCCGGUGGUUGAGGAGCCAGAGGCCGAUCAUGGACAAGCUCAGGAACAGGAGGCCCAGGAAGAAGAUGCCUAUGAAGCCAAACCGGAGGCCAUGGCGGACGAGGACAGGCCUCAGCAGGACACCCCAGCCAGCACGUGGGCACCUCCGGAGGGAGACCAGGCAGCACAAAUCAGAACAGAAGAUGACCGAUGUGAGCAGACCAGAGCAGAUGACGACCGAUGUGCCUCUUAUGGCCGCAAGAGAUCGUACGAUGACGGCGGCCGUGGAUACAGUUACUAUGAGCAUCGUGAGGACAGAAGGGGACGAUCGCCCCAGCCUCCGGCCGAGGAAGAGGAGGAAGACUUUGAUGACACCCUCGUAGCCAUUGACACUUAUAACUGCGACCUGCAUUUCAAGGUGUCCCGUGACCGAUACAGUGGCUACCCACUCACCAUAGAAGGUUUCGCAUACCUGUGGGCAGGGGCACGAGCUUCCUACGGUGUCACCAAAGGACGCGUGUGCUACGAAAUGAAGAUCAAUGAGGAGAUCUCUGUAAAGCACCUCCCUAGCAGUGAGCCGGAUCCACAUGUGGUGAGAAUUGGCUGGUCUCUGGACUCCUGUAGCACCCAACUUGGAGAAGAAGCCUUUUCCUAUGGCUAUGGUGGAACGGGAAAGAAAUCCUCCAACUGUAAAUUUGAGGACUAUGGCGAGAAGUUUCAUGAAAAUGAUGUCAUCGGCUGCUACAUUAACUUUGAGAGUGAAGAGCAAGCGGAGAUAGCAUUCUCCAAGAACGGCAAGUGGCUGGGGGUGUGCUACCAUGUCUCCCUGGAAGAGCUGGCUGGCCGGCCCCUCUUCCCACACGUCCUGGUGAAGAACUGCGGGGUGGAAUUCAACUUUGGUCAGAAAGAGGAGCCCUUCUACCCUCAACCUGAGGGCUACACCUUCAUCCAGCAGGUGGCACUGGAGGACCGAGCCAGAGGCACAGUGGGGCCGGCUACCAAGGGAGAUUGUGAGAUCCUGAUGAUGGUGGGCCUCCCAGGCAGCGGAAAAACUACCUGGGCUGCCAAGCACUCUGAGGAGAAUCCGGAAAAGAAGUUUAACAUCCUGGGCACCAACGCCAUAAUGGAGAAGAUGAAGGUGAUGGGGCUUCGCCGCCAGAGGAACUACUCUGGUCGCUGGGACGUGCUCAUCUCGCAGGCCACGCAGUGCCUCAACCGUCUCAUUCAGAUCGCCGCCCGCAAGAAGCGGAACUACAUCCUGGACCAGACAAAUGUAUAUGGAUCAGCCCAGAGACGAAAAAUGCGUCCUUUUGAAGGGUUCCAACGCAAGGCUAUUGUAAUUUGUCCCACGGAUGAGGAUUUAAAAGAGCGAACGUUAAAGCGAACUGAUGAGGAAGGGAAGGAUGUGCCCGAUCAUGCUGUGUUAGAAAUGAAAGCCAAUUUCGUGCUGCCGGAGGCCGGUGACUUCCUGGACGAGGUGAUCUUCAUUGAGCAGCAGCGCGAGGAGGCUGACGCGCUCGUCAAGCAGUACAACGAGGAGGGCCGUAAGGCCGGCCCCCCACCGGACAAGCGCUACGACAACCGUCAGGGUGGAUUUCGUGGCCGAGGCAGUGGAUUCCAGCGCUAUGAUAACCACAGUGGCCCACAGGGAGGCCGGGGCAGCUACCAGAACCGCGGUGGUUCCGGAGGAGGCAGCUAUCGCGGAGGAUACAACCGUGGUGGCUACAACCAGAAUCGCUGGGGGAACAACUACAGGGAUUCAGGCAGUCGGGGAGGCUACAACCGCAACCCACAACAGGGAGGCAGCUACAACCAUAGCCGCCAGGGCUCCUACAAUAAAGGUGGCAGUGCGGCAAGUGGCAGCUACAGUCAGUCUCAGCCUCAGAGCUACAAUCAAGGCUACAACCAAGGUUACAACCAAGGAAACUACAACCAGGGAUACAACUAUGGAAGCUACAGCCAGUACCCAGGAUAUAGCCAGGGCUACAGCCAGGCACCUGCCACCACAGGCCAGACUUACAACCAGCAGCAGCAGCAGAAUUACAACCAACAAUACCAGCAGUAUGCUCAGCAGUGGCAGCAGUAUUACCAGAACCAGAGUCAGUGGAACCAGUACUACAACCAGUACGGCAACUACGGCAACUAUGGCAACCAGCAGAGUUCCCAGGGCUCCCAGGGCACACAGCAGUAGCCUGCCCCCACCUCAACUCUCCACACCCGUUCUGUCAGCGCAUUCCUCCGCCCUCUUUUUUACAGUGUCCAUCUUCACCCUCGCCAGUCUUCCUUCGCUCUCCCCUGUGCUAAAAGUUAACUAAGGUUUUUUUUCUCCCCCCCCCCCCUUAUUUUUAAGUUAUUAGCCUUAAAGCAUUGCUUUUGCGUCCCAUUUAAUGUUUAGUUUUGGUGGCGGUGGUCUGCUUUGCUUUUCAAGUAUUAUGUUAACACAGAGAUUAACCCUCAUUCCCUAGGCAAUAUUUAUAAAUGGGAAGUGGGCGGUUUGAAAAGGGUAGCGAUGCAUCAUGCUGUUUUCUCCAAAUUCUGUACACUCAACUGUGCUUUAAAUGCCGUAUGGUCGAGACAGAUAAUUAUAGUGGGGGCUCCUACACCGUUGAAUUUGCUUUUGAUCGGUUUUAAUGGUUUUAUAUGUAGAAAAUUGUUUUGCUCUGCUGAUUUAUUUCUGUCUUUUAAGAACCACAUUUUUAUUUUUUUUUAAAUAGAUUUUGUGUAGUCUCCUUUUAAGACCUUGGGCCAACAUUUAGCUUCAUGCGUUUAAUAACACAAUCUUGUUCUGCAUAGGUAUAAGUGGAAGAUUUUAACAGCAUCAUUUUUCUUAGCUCUUUAACUGAUUUUGCAUACCUGUGGAGUUUACCCAUUACAUCUUUGUUUUUUAUACCAUUCUUAAAAUGCCUUACUGGGCUGCUUUCACAUCUGUCUCCCUUGUAUCUCCAGUUUAGUGAGCAUAACCAGUUCAUUUUGUGGUUGUAAAAGUUUUUAUAUCUUGUACUAUGUUUGUAAAAGAUAUCUGCAUGUGGUUUUGUGUCCAAUCAAACUCAAUGUUUUUUGUAUCCGAGAAUAUAAUCUGAAGUGUAUACGUGUAAGUCGUUUUCUGGCGCAAAACUGAUCUGUUCCAAUUUACUGUUGGUAAAAAAAAAAUUCUUUUCACAUUA